AGCGUGAGAAACGGCGUCAUGGGCGCCAUGGAGCCCUCGGCACCUCGCCCUCCGCGCCCUCCGCGCCCGCGCUCGCGACGGCGAUGUGCCCGCGAAAGCGGUCGAGGGGUCCGCGGCUUUUCGAGUCGCCGGAGUACCACUUCUCGGAUCUGCGCGCCGACGACGUGGUCCAGGGCCUCACGUGGCGCGACGAGCGCCUGGGGGAGGGCGCCUUCGCGCAGGUGCUGAAGUGCUGGUCCCCGAAGCAUGGCUACGUGGCUGUGAAGGUGCUGAAGCACAGAAGCUUUUGCGAAGAAGUCAGCCUAGAAGCCGAAGCAGAAGCCGCGAUUCUGAGAAGUCUCGCCCACCCACACAUUGUGCGGAUGCUGGACUUCUUCGAGCUGGAGGGCCACGUGUGUCUGGCUCUGGAGCUGCUGGGGCUCACUCUGCUGCAGCUCUUGGAAGGUCACGUGCAGGGCUUGCGCCAGGAGACGGUGAAGGAGAUCGCGCGGCAGGUGCUGCUGGCGCUGGAGUACCUGGGCCGCCUUGAGCUGAUCCACGGGGACCUCAAGCCCGAGAAUGUCCUCAUGGAUCCUGGCUGCCGCGCCAGGGGCCGGCUUCAUGUCAAGGCCUUCCAAUGUUCUCCCAGCACAUCAGGAGCCGGAGGUCAGGUCUUCCAAUGUGGCCAUGGCUUUGUGGCAGACUUUGGGGCGGCGCGGCGGAUCUCCGACGAGGAGGUGACCAUCCAGACGCUUCCCUACCGUGCCCCGGAGGUUCUGCUGGGCGGACGUCGAAUCUGCUGCAAGGUGGAUGUUUGGAGCCUGGGCGCCAUUUGCAUCGAGCUCUACACCGGCGAGCCUCUGUUUGACCACCAGUUCACGCAGGAGGAGGUGGUGGCAGGCAUUGAUCAGCUGCUGGGACCUAUCCCGGAGGAGAUGCUGUGCAGAGGCGGCCAGCCGCAUGAACUCUUCGAAGGAAUCCCGGUUCGAGGUUCUGCCGGUACCCAUGUGGUGUCACUGAGACCGGGCUCCGAACGGAGAGUGAGGCACACGCACCGCAGAGUUCUUCGAGCGCACGAUGCACCGGACCUGCAAGCCACCUGGCCGCCUGGCUGCCGCUUGGUCGUGGGUACGAUCUCUCUUCCGAGAGCCAGAAGUUCGGUUCAGGUUGGUCUGGGAGACGAACAGGCACCGACCCCGCGCUCCGCGGGAGCAGCGGAGCUUGAAGCAGGGCUUCCGUGGGCGGCGCUUCGACCUACACUGGCGCCGCGGGCGGGUGAGGCGCUUGGGGAAGAGCGAGCUGCGGCAGCAGCUGAGGCUGCGGAAGCGGCUGGAGGCCGUGGUCUGGAGGAUGCUGGUGGUCGAUCCGGAUGCGCGUGGGACUGCGAGUGAACUGCGCUUGCUGCUCGGUUCGUUUUGAAGGCAAGGCGAAACCCAGGGUGUGGGUCAAGAAACA